CUCAAUGGCGAUCGGUCAUUUAGGCAACCGGCCCAGUGUCUUUAAGUACAUAACCUCUACCUCGUCAAAAAUCAUCUGUGAUUGAUACAUCAGUUUUGGGCAGUGCAGCAGUUUUCAUUAGAAUGUCGCAGCAAGAGAAGCCCAUGAAAAUUUCGAAGGUGCUGCGGCAGAAGGCGCAGGAGAUGCUUGGCUCCAGGAAGUACGCCAACAAUCUGUUGGAUAUCAUGAGACACUUCGACACUGGAGCAGAUACAUGCCCUUGUAUACUGACACUGGAAAUGAUUUUUACCAGCCUUCUCAAGAGCAGUGAGAUGUUCAUUGAGAUUGUGCCAUUGAAGCCAAUGGAGAGGACUGCAGAGAUCCAGUAUCGGGAAUGGCUUAAGCAGAUUUAUGAGGAGGCUUGGAACAAGAUGGUCCAUUGUCUUGACCAUGCUUCACCCAAAGUUGCCACACAAGCUCUGGCCAGUUGUAUGAAUAUAAUGGCACAUGAGGGUCGUUACCCGUUGGAACCUAGGAGCAGUCAAGAACACUACAUACCAUUCUACAGACUGAAACCUAUUGUGAUGAAGAUUAUCUUCAACAGACAGAGCAGCGCGCAUCUUAUUAACAAAUUCCAGGAGUACUUGGUAUACGAUGAUAUGUUGUUUGCCACGUGGAAGUUAUUACCUUCAUUGACCGCCAAGACGAAUCCCAACGAUGUCUACAUAAUGAAUUUCUUAAUGCUCCUCGAGAAAUUGCAGCUACAACAAAACACUGAAGGAUCUAUUUUGUUCAGCACCGAAGAAGGAGAACACAACUUCAUUUACGAUGAGAAUUCGGCUAGGAAGAGUUUAAAUAAAGUUUGGAAUUGCGUGAUGCUUUGGGAACAAGGACCGGUAACGCUCAAGCAGUUACUGAUUGUACUUCUGGAGAGAGUUAUGCCGUACUUGGAUAAACCGUUGAUGCUCACCGAUUUCCUAAUGGACGCAUUGGAUAUCGGCGGGCCGGUGAGUCUGCUGGCCCUGCAAGGACUCUUCACGCUCAUCCAAUCGCACAAUCUCGAUUAUCCGAACAUCUUCGCUAAGUUAUAUUCCAUGUUCGAGCCGGAGAUUUUUCAUACCAAGUUCAAGGCCAGACUCUUCUAUUUGUCAGAUAUGUUCCUAAGCUCCACACAUUUACCGGAGAAUAUGGUGGCAGCGUUUGCGAAGCGUCUUGCUCGGCUCGCAUUAAUCGCACCCAGCGAGGACAUUAUUAUUAUUUGUAUGUUUAUAGGAAAUUUAAUAUUAAGACAUCCUGGAUUGAAGUGCAUGUUGAAUCAUCCGAAUGGUGGCUCUGCGACGAACGACCCUUACAUCAUGGAGGAACGCGACCCGGUGAAGUCAAAUGCCAUCAACAGUUCUUUGUGGGAAAUCCAGAGUCUUCAAAACCAUGUUUUGCCUAGCGUGGCAAUGGCUGCCCGUUUCAUCAACACACCAUUACCAAGCGUUGAAUGGGACAUUACCAAAGUGCUGGACAACUCUUCCGACGACAUUUUCGAUAAGGAGAUAAAGAAAAACCACAAGCUGAUAGCACUUGCCUUCGAUCGGCCGAAUGGCUGCUUCCUAAACAGAGGGGAAAUAAUCUCGCAGUAUUGGAAUUUCUAAUUUUCUUAACAUGAACAAAAAAUAUAAUAAACUGACCAUUAUUUCUGUAA